AUGUCUAACUGGGGCGCAACCAACACAGAAAAUGAAACAUUCCAAUACUGCUUUCCGAACAACAAUUUGUCUUGUACCAAAAAUGUAAAACCUGGAUUCGAGUACAUUAUUGUAUACAUAUUCAUUUCUACAAUAUCAGUGUUCACUGUGUUUCUGAACUUGCUGGUGAUCAUCUCCAUCUCUCACUUCAAGCAGCUUCACACUCCAACCAAUGUGCUGAUCUUUUCUCUGGCAGUGGCUGAUCUGAUUGUGGGACUGAUUCUUAUGCCAGUACAGGGUAUCAAAUUGAUUGAGCCGUGCUGGUUCUUUGGAGAAAUAUUUUGCUCGAUAUUUCCUUUUAUUUUCUAUGUGGUUGUAACAGCAUCUCUUGGUAAUUUGAUUAUUAUAUCUGUGGAUCGUUACAUUGCUGUGAAUGACCCUUUGCGAUAUGCAUCAAGGGUAAAUAUUAACAGAGCAGUUUUUUCUAUUGUUGCAAACUGGGUAUUUUCCUUCGUAUAUUCUCUUUUUAUUUUGUAUGAUUCUCUACUGUAUCCAGAGAAAAAUUAUACAUGUAUUGGAGAAUGUAUACUUGUUAUUAAGUUGGGAUAUAUCAUAACAGAUGUCUUAGUUACUUUAGUGACACCUUGUUGUUUAAUCAUUACUUUAUAUCUGAAAAUCUGUAUCGUAGCAAAAAAACAAGCAAAGCAUAUAAAUUCACUCACAGACAAAAAGGCCAAGUCAGAAAAAAAGGCUGCAAGAACCUUAGGUAUUAUUGUAAUGGUUUAUCUUCUUUGUUGGAUACCAUAUUAUAUAGCUGCUCUUACUGUUGGUCAAGACACAGGUGACUCCUUUGUAAUUAAUAUAAUGUAUUGGAUUUUAUGCAUGAAUUCAUGCAUGAAUCCACUUAUUUAUGCAAUGUUUUAUAAAUGGUUUCGAAUAUCAGCAAAAUACAUUUUGACUCUGAAAAUAUUCAAACCUUCAUCAGAAUACUUCAACCUAUUCAUGGAAGAGAAAUGA